AUAAAUUAAAGAUAAGCACUAAUGGGGAAUUGCUGAGGAGAUAGCAAGGAAGCCAAGAUCAAGCUGUAUGAAGAAAGACUAUACGCCUUGUGUAUUAAAUAUAACUUUGAUAUCGAUGUCAACCAACCUCUGUCUUUUAAUGAAAUGUUCAGGCGCGAAAAUUGUAAUGAAAUGGGAGAGCAAUUUAAUGAAGAUAGCUCUAAAAUCAUCAUUAUGGAGUUUAGAAAAUUUCUCUUCAUCACUGCCGCCGAAAUGUCAAGGAUCAGAAGAACCACUGGAUACAAGAAGCUCAAUCCUAGACAGUUUAAUGAUGGAAAAACUGCAGUGUGCUACGAGUGUCCAUACAACGCUCCUCCUUAUGUGGACCGUGUCUGGAGAGCAGUGAUAGCAUACGAUGCUAAGUACAAGGAUAUUUGCUACAAGCUCUGCUUCGGAUACCUCCUUAGAAAGGAUCCAAGAGCGAAUCUAGACCUUUCCUUUAAAAGAUAUAACGAUUGCAGACUGGAUUUAUAUAAGAGAUGUGAAAAGGUAGUCCCAUUCCAUAACUGCUGGCCAAAAUAUCAUACUCAGGAGGAGUUCUAUAAUGAUUUCGUAUAUACUGUGUGGGCCUCACCAACAACGAUUAAUAACUUUAAGCUUCACCUCGCAACAGUUCCAGUUCAACCAGGUACAAUCAAUGCACAACUCUUGAUUGAAAAUUCAAAGAAAAUCAAGAGUGAUUUUCAAAGAAGUUUCCCACCUGAAUGUCAGGGAAGGCCAAAUGGACAGCAAAAUACAAUGAACAUGGCUGCUGUCGUGAACCAUCCCUUCCUCAAAACUCAAGAUCCAAAUUGGAGGGCUGGAGCCUUAGUAAGAAUCAUGAAAGAAUAUCUUCCAUUCAAUUUUGACCAAUAUGUCUCACAAGAGCUGAUGGUGUCAAUUGACCAAGCUCAAGACAUGAUCUUCGAGUACAGAAGAUUCCUCCUUUUAUAUGGCUUGACUAACUUCAAGCUAUAUCCAAGUGAGCAAAUAGAGAAAGUCUGGUUAAUACACAUGUCAUUCGGGGUGAACUACAUAGAUUUCUGCUCAAAGACAAUUAACUUCGUUCCUUAUCAUGUGCCGUUCACAGGGAAUACAACUGGUUAUGACGACAGGACUGAAUAUAACAACACUUUGGGUUUCUACACUGCGAUAUUUGGAGUGCAGCCUUGCUCAUCUUGUUGGCCGCCUGCUGAACUCAGAUUCAAUGUUGAAAAUUUCCAAUGCAUGUUCAUCAAUUUAAUCCGUCUGGCUGGCUUCUUCUGGGCCCAUCAACUCGGAAAUCUCUCAAACGGAAGUCCAACUUUGGCUCCUCGAAACAACAUGGGAGCAACUCCUCAGUACGUUGAAAAGAAGGAAAAGAUGAAGCAUAAGAAAGGCUCAAAAGCCGGAAUGAUCGCUGCAGGAGUAGCCGUCGGAGCUGGUGUGAUCCUCGUAGGAGGAGGGCUUGCAUUGGUCGCAUAUCCUGACGCUGUUGAUUAUAACGACACGAAUCUUCUGGAUACCAUCACAGAUGGGCUCCAUGAUGGUCUCUCAGCACUAGGCGAGCUCUCCUUUGGAGAUCUCGCAGAUGUGGGAGAAGGAGCACUAGGAGUCUUUGAAGACAUAGACUGGCCUGACAUAGACUUUGAUGGAUUUGCAGAUGUUGCUGGAGAUCUCUUUGGAGAUGCUGGCGAGUUCUUCGAAGGUGUGGGUGAAGCCAUUGCAGAUGGAGCUGGAGAUGCUGUAGAUGGCAUUGGUGAUGUUGCUGAAGGAAUAGGAGAUGCUUUUGAUUGGUAAAUCUUCAAUAUUUUAAA